UUGUGUAUUCUGAUUUUCUAAUGAGAUGACUGCACCAUGUUUAAAUCGUGAAAAAUAAGAGCACAAUCGCUUUGAUCUUCUUGCUGUCCUCAUGGCUGCACUAUCUACUACUCCUAGUAAAGCAGAAAACUUAUAUUGUUUCUACAACGAAGAUGCAAAGUUUUUACACACGAUUGAUAAUAACGUUGGAUUGAAAAGUGGCAAAACUAACGACGAUUUUAGAGCCAUGUCAGUAGCUAGUCUUUAUGAAGGAGAUGUUACGGCAAUGAAUACUAUCAGGUCUGAUGACAGCAAGUCCAUAAGCUCGGCAGCAAUUUCCGAAAAUGACAACGAAACAAUUUUAUUCUCAACUACAAAGACUGAUAAUAAUACGAAAAUAAUCUCUCAACCGCCAACACUCGACAACAGUAACGAGUGUCCAUGUAAUCCCUAUGAAGAAACGCCUUCCGUUAAUAAUACGCUUUAUUUUACGGAUGGGCUAAGAUCUGUAGAUUUUGUUCUGGUUUGGAAAGAUGUUCCAGAAGAGCAGUUACAUUUGGAGGUACCUCGACAGAAAAAAAGACUAGUUUUCGAAGAAAAUUUAGUUAGAGAUGGAUUAGAGCUAGAACGUGAAACGAUUGAAAAUGAAAUCCAUUUUAUUAAGAUUCAUGCUCCAAUCGAAGUCCUACGAAGAUAUAGCGAAAUAUUAAAGCUGCGUAUGCCGAUGAAAGAGUCUUUGUGCAUGAUUAAAAAUUCCGAUAGACUGAGCAAGCUGGCGGAUGCUGCACAUUUUUUCUCACAGAAGAUCCCUGGGAUGGCCGGAGUUAAAUCUGGUACGAAAUCAAUACUAACACGUUUAAAAGGGAUUGGCAGAAUAAUGGCCCAGCGAAUUUUGGUCGAGGAAAAAUAUUUUCCCCCGCGAUCUCAUCGUUUUACAGCUGUCUAUAGCAGAGACAAGGAAUACUUAUUCGACUUGAAACAGGCUUGCUUCUUUACUGCAGCUGUUCGUUCGCGUAUAGUGCAAUUUAUACUGGACCGAAAACGUUUUUCAGAUGAUUCAAAAAAUGAUUACGCUUUUGGUAUAGAGCGACUGAUAACUGAUGAAGUUUACAUCGCUGCUUAUCCAUUGCAUGAUGGGGAAAUAAAUGUUCCUGGUAGUAUGCGUCACUUAUUAUAUACCAAAUGGGCAGCUGUGUUAAAGUGGUAUCGAUACCAACCCUUGGAUUACAUUAAAGAUUAUUUCGGUGUCAAAAUAGGAUUAUAUUUCGCUUGGCUAGGCUAUUAUACCUACAUGCUGCUUCUUGCAUCUAUUGUCGGAAUUAUCUGUUUUGUUUAUUCAUGGAAGACCUUAAAAUACAACGUACCCAGCGAAGAAAUUUGUUCUGAAGGUAAUGACAUUAAAAUGUGUCCUCUUUGUGAUCACUGGUGUGAUUAUUGGCAGUUGAAAGAAACCUGUUUGCAUGCUCGCGUUACCUACUUAUUCGACAAUCCAACAACGGUGCUCUUUGCUGUAUUUAUGUCAUUUUGGGCUACUUUAUUUCUUGAGCUUUGGAAAAGAUACUCGGCAGAAAUUACUCAUCGGUGGGAUUUAACUGGAUUUGACAUUUAUGAGGAGCAUCCACGUCCUCAGUAUCUGGCCAGAUUGGCACAUGUCCGAAGGAAAAAAAUCAAUGCUGUAACUAAUACCGAAGAACCACAAGUUCCGUUUUGGCGUAUGAAACUUCCAGCUACAAUUCUCAGUUUUUCCGUUGUAUUGCUGUUGGUGUGCCUUGCUAUUGUAGCUGUACUGGCUGUGGUGCUCUAUAGGAUGUCAAUACUUGCCACGUUAAGCGUUUAUGGUGAUGAAGUUACUACCUCUACCGCAAUCUUAUUUACAACGGCCACAGCAGCCACUAUUAAUUUAUGUCUUAUAGUGGUUUUCAAUUGGAUUUACACAUAUCUUGCCGAGUGGUUAACGGAGCGAGAGCUUCUUAGAACGCAAACCGAAUUCGAUGAUUCAUUGACUCUUAAGAUAUACCUCUUACAGUUCGUUAAUUAUUACGCUUCAAUUUUCUACAUAGCAUUUUUCAAAGGAAAAUUCAUUGGAUAUCCAGGAAACUACAAUCGGUUUUUUAACUUUAGACAAGAGGAGUGUGGUUUUGGUGGCUGUCUAAUGGAGUUAUGUAUACAGCUUGGUAUUAUUAUGAUUGGCAAACAAGCGGUAAACACUGUUUUGGAAAUGGUAAUUCCAAUUUUCUACCGAUGGCUAAAUUCGCUAAAAGUACGCAUAGGCAAGGAGCGCAAUCAAUCACUAAAGAGCAAAGGACAACGAUUCGUUAAAGAUUUGAAAUUGGUCGAGUGGGGUUCUCGCGGAUUAUUCCCAGAAUACUUAGAAAUGGUCCUUCAGUAUGGAUUCGUGACGAUAUUUGUUGCUGCGUUUCCUUUAGCACCUGUUUUUGCACUGAUGAAUAAUAUUUUGGAAAUGCGGCUUGAUGCUAAAAAACUUCUUACCUUUUACCGAAGACCAGUAUCCCAACGAGUAAGAGAUAUCGGAAUUUGGUAUCGCAUUCUAGACAGCAUAGGAAAAUUAAGCGUUAUAACUAAUGGUUUCAUUAUAGCAUUUACGUCAGAUUUUAUCCCAAAGCUGAUUUAUCGGUUAACUGUUUCGAGUGACGGGUCGCUGAACGGUUAUUUGAAUUAUACAUUGGCCUACUUCAAUACAAGUGAUUUUCAAAGAGGCAGUGAGCCAUUUCAAUCACAGUACAAUGUAGAAAUAUGUCGAUAUCCUGAUUUUCGUGAGCCCCCUUGGGCCCAACAACCGUAUGAAAAAACUACAAUGUACUGGCUUAUUAUGGCAGCCCGUCUAAUGUUCGUCGUUUUGUUCGAAAAUCUAGUGGCGAUUGUUAUGAUACUAGUGCGAUGGUGUAUACCUGAUAUGUCCCAGGAGCUUCGAGAUCAAAUUCGCCGCGAAGCUUAUAUAACAAAUGAAAUUAUAAUAAAGCAGGAAACUCUACGCGCCCGACUAAAUAGGGAUGGUGAAACCGCACCGGAAGAAACCAGUAAUAUGCGUUUACGGAAACCAAAUACAACAGGAACUGAAUCUUUUGUGCAUCUUGAACGACUGAUGUCAUCCAAUCUAUCUGGUUCUCAAUUAGAUCUAUUUAUACAUAAUGAACGGAACACAGCGCUGUGAAACUUAAUUAGUCAACAAAAUAGAAUAGCAAACGUGACAUGCAUAGUCAACCAUUACUCACUUAGGCUUACACCCUCUCUGUCCCAUGAUAGCACAGGUGAUCCAUGACUUCCAAUACUAAAAUCAACAGAUCAAAUAUUUAAGAUAUUCGAAUAUGGAUAUUCCUAUUUCAGAACGUAGUAGAAGCAUUGUGCUAAAGGUUAUGUAGUUGUACUUAACUGCCGGUGGAAGCAUAACUGUCCCAUGUUACAUUUUGUCAUUUUCGACAUUUUGUUGUCUAACGUUAUAUAAUUAUGUAACGUUAUAUAAUUACGUUAUAUAAUUAUGUAUUUUUGUAAUAUGAAUCGACAACAUGGUGUUUAUACCAGAAAAACUCGAAAAAAUUUGAAGACAAUUUGUCCCACUGGAAAAAUGGACGCAUAUUUGUCUUCGCUGUGUUUUCAAUUUGUAUACAAAAUUGAGUGAAGUUGUUCAACAUUAUCUCAAAGAGGGACAAAUAAUAACAUCAAAACUAAAUAAUUUUAGAAAAAUCAGUUUUUCAACUAUGAGUGCGAUUUUCUCAUUUUCGUGUUUUGUAACAUGGGACAGAUAUGUUUCCAGCGGCAGUUAACAACUUACUCGUUGAUAACCGUUGUAGAUGACCAUAAACUGCAAACCAACCGUCACCACUAUGACGAUGGGGUAUAAUUUUUUCGUAAUUAUUUGUAUUGUUUUUGGUCUACUUUUUCCUCGAAAAUUAGUAGCUAACUAUUGUUGUUCAACGUUUUUAUUCAGCAGCAGAAGAUAAUCUCAACGUCUUUAAAUUAUGUUGUUCUGUAACAUGGAGCUUUAAAUUUCCUGAUCUGACAGAUUAUUAAA